AGAGGUGGCCAUCUUGGAAUCCAGCUGAAGGAGCUGCGCGCCCCUGUUGGGAGAAAAUGGCGUCAGCAGUAUGGAAGGGACUGGUGGGGAUGGGGCUGUUCGCCCUGGCACACGCCGCCUUCUCCGCGGCUCAGCAUCGUUCGUACAUGAGGUUGACUGAGAAGGAGAAUGAGACGCUGCCUGUAGAUAUUGUCCUUCAAACACUGCUGGCAUUUCUGGUGACCUGCUAUGGGAUAGUUCACAUAGCCGGGGAGUUCAAAGACAUGGAUGCAACUUCUGAGCUGAAAAACAAGACAUUUGAGACCCUGAGGAACCACCCCUCCUUCUACCUUUUCAACCAUCGGGGCCGGGUAUUGUUCCGCCCUCCUGAGGGAGACUCCAACUCACCCUCCUCUGCUCUCCUGUCCACUCUGAAGCUGCGGAGACUGCAUCCCAGCCUUCAUUAGACCCGGCACCCUCCCCUCUUCCCCCUCCUCCAACCCAUGGAACUCAGUCAGCUCAGAACCCCUCCGUCCAACUUCUCUCCCAUCCGCACCCAGGCACAAUCUAGUUCUCCUGCCCCCACCCCCUUUACGCUGGGGAUGGAGACAGAGGCCCCAUCCCAUACUGGGGUAGGCAAGAAUGGCUGCAGAUUGAGCCUGGGACUUGCUUAGUGCCCAGAGGUGGAGCAGGAGAGGAAUGCUGGGGUCUGCCCAUGGCUUGGUCCCAUCAGGCCUUUCUAUCCCCCUCACCGAUAUGAGACUUGGGGCCCAGAGAGGAGAAUCGGGGCCCAGGCUCCAUCUGUGGCUUAGUCACAGCUUGGCUCUUGCCCCCGAUGUUGGACUCAGGCUCUGAUUCCAUCCUUGUCCCACCCUGAACCCAUUUUUCCUCCACCACCACGUGCCUGGAGGUGGGGGAAGCAAGCCCCAGGCUCCAUCUGUGGCCUAUUGUCAUCCUGGGCUUCCCUGAUCUGGAACAGACGCCUGGAGGGAGGGCCCAGAUUUCGUCCAUUGCCUCGUACCCUUCUGUCUCCCCUCCCUUGGGAACAGAGAUCUGAAGAUAGAGUGGGAGAGCAGUUCCUUGGCUUGGUUCCCGGGUGUAGCUCCUGCCCCAGCUUGGUGCCCCAUCUCUCCCCUCUGACAUGGGUCCACGGCCCAGAGAGAGAGAAUAGAGAAGGAAUCCCUGGGCUCUGGUCCUGGACUUGGUCCCACCUGCAGCCUCUUCACAUCCCCUCCAACUUCCACCCCUCUGCUAAUGAGCCUGGAGGUUUCAGAGAAGUGGCUAGUCUUCCUACAGGGGCUCCUUCCUGCUGCUGAAUCAUCGCACCACCCAAGAUCUUGACCACCACUUCUCCCCCCCCUCCCCAACACAACUCAGUUUGACUCUUGAUAGCCCCCCCAUCUCUGUCCAACCCUGCUCUCUACCCCCUCCUUGCUUGCUCCCAACACCCUAUUUCCCCCCUUUCUGCAAAUCCUAACCUCCCCUGCCCUCCACCCUGUCUCUUCCACCACCAUCUUGGAAAUUCUGUUUUUGCACCCCCCCCCCAGCUCUGUGUGACCCUGCCCUCACCCCUCCGCUCUCCAAAAUCCUAAUCACUCUGGUUCUAUCCCCCCCCCCACUUACCUUACCACUUCCCUUCUAUCACAACACCCUCAGCUCUGUCCAACCCUUCCUCCCCCUACCAGGUCAGAAACCUCUGAAGAUUGCUGCGUAAUUUGUUAAAUUAUUAGGAGAGGGCGAGUGGGGGGGGGGUCAGUGGGCUGAGACUGGGGUUGAACAGUGUUUCCUGCUGUAAUAAAUCCUGUCAGCUGCUUUCAACGCGGGGUUCGUGGUUUCUCGCCCCAAGGCUUCCAGAUAUCCCUUCCCCACUUUUAUCAGGCACCCCACUUUGCCCAUCCAUCCCCGCUCCCUUCCAAUGACUCAGGGCAUCAUUGGGGAAGGAAACCUUUCCUCCCUCACCAUUGCUGUCUGAUUCUCCACUGUUGAUUCGAGGAUCCCCUCUCCCCCGUUUCCAAGGCACGUUACCGAUGUGUAGUGUCAGAGGAUUUCCUACACCCUCCCCCCAGCCCCCAAACUUUCCUAAGGGUCUCCCUCACUGCUCCCAGUCUCCAAGGAUCCAUUGAAUGCACCCAAUCACAUAUACAACCCCACCUCCACCAUCCAAACCUAGUCUCCCCAGAUCCUAGUCUGUAAAGAAGUUCCCCCACAGUUUCCCCUUAAAUAUUUAAUUUUGCACCCAGAACCUCUGACCUCUAUUUCUAUUCUCACCUAACCUCAAUUAGCCUGCUUGAACUUGUUUAUACACCUCAUCAUUUGUAUACCUCUGUCAAAUCUCUCCUCAUUCUCCUACACUCCAGGGAAAAGACCUUUUCAAUCUUUCCCUAUAACUCAGGUCUUCAAGUCCUGGUAACAUUCUUGUAAGUUUUCUCUGUGCUCUUUCAGUCCUAUUGAUAUUGUUUCUGUAGGUAGGUGACCAGAGCUGUAGACAAUACCCCAUUUUUGGCCUCACAAGUAUCUUAUACAACUUUGAUAUUCGAACUCCUGUACUCAAUGCUUUGAUUUAAGUGCUAAAAACUUACUUUAUGACCCCAUCUACCUGUAUGGAAAUUUGAAGGAAUUCUGGAUAUGUUUUCCCAGAUUCCUCUGUCAUCCACAAAUUUGCUGAACCAGUUUACACUUUACCAUCCUAUGACAUACAGCAGUGGACCCAGCAUCAAUCCCUAUGGCACACCAUUAGUCACAGGCCUCCAAUCAGAGUGGCAGUCCUCCACCACCAGUCUUUGGUGUCGCCCACUAAGCCAAUUUUGAAUCCAGUUUACUAUUACAUCCUGAAUGCUAAGCACCUAAUCUUCUUGACCAACUUCCCAUGCGGGACCUUGGUCAAAGGUCUUGCUAAGGUCCAUCAAGAUGACAUCCACUGCUUUUCCUUCAGCAACUUUCCUGGUAAUUUCCUGGAAAUACUCCAUGAGAUUGGUUAGACACAACCGACCAUGCACAAAGUCAUGUUGACUAUUCUGAAUCAGGCUCUGCGUAUCCAAAUACUUAUGGUCCCUUAGAAUACCUUCCAGUAACUUACAUGCUGCGACAUCAGGCUCACCAGCCUAUAAUUUCCCAUCUUAUCCUUAGAGCCUUUCUAAAACAAUAGAACAUUAGCUAUCCUCCAAUCCUCCUGCACCUCACUCAUGGCUAAAUAUCUCUGCUAGGGUCCCUGCAAUUUCGGCAGUAGCCUCCCACAAUGUCUAAGGGAUUUAACCACCCUAAUUUGCCUCAAGACGGCAAAUACCUCCUCCUCUAUAAUCUGUAUACGUCCAUGACGCACUACUGAUUUGCCUCAGUCUCCCCAAAUCUCGCCACGUUCCCAGUGACAAUUCCCACCUGGUUUUCCUGAAUCCCUCCACAUUCCCACUGAAAAUUCCCAUCCACUCUCCCCAAAUCUUGCCAUGUUGCUGGUGAAACUACCACUCCCAUACGUCCAUUGAUCAGUCUCUAACUUGUCUAAGACUUGUGGGAUAGUAUGGUUGAUCGGGUUGAAUGGCCUCCUCCACAGAGACUGUCCCAUGCUGGUGGCCCCCACCUCUGCCGGUUGGACAGCAGGUAUCAGACAGCCUGAAUGGCCACAUUCUGCAGCAUACCAGGUCUCAGACCCACACUCAGUCCUGUGUCCUGAACUACCCUGACUGGGACAUACAUCACCCCCUGCCCCUUCAUGGGGACUGGGCCUGAAUCUUGUAACUCACUCCUAUGACAGUGCCAUGGUAGUCCCAACACCAGAAGGGACAACAGAAUUCAAAGAGAUGGACUCACUCCCACCUUCUCGAGAGGAGGCGAUCGGGGAUAAAUGCUGGCAAAUUGCCCACCUUCUCAAGGGUUUGAUGAAGGAUGAGCAAUAAAUGCUGGCAAGCUCCCCGAGGGGUGAUUAGGGGUGGGAAACAAAUGUUGCAAGCUGCCCACCUUCUGCAGGGGAUGAUCUGGGACAGGUGGUCAGUGCUGACCUGGGAUAUCCGGAAGAUGACAUGGAGUGUUCCCGAUGGACCCGCCCCAGUUACUGUGACACACCUGCACUGACUACAAUCAGACAGAGGGACUGUCACCCAUCGAGAAGUAGCUGAGUGACGAAGUGGGCUGCACCCAAAUGCAGUAUGCCGCAUGGAAAACUCAUCUCACAAUUAGCAGUGGAUCCUCACCGUGACUUCACACAAAAACUCUGGAAGAGGAGCCUUUCUCCCCACACCCUCUGACCCCCGGGACUGGGUGAUGGGAUGGUGUGGCAGGAACUUUACCCUGUGUCUGACCUUGGGCAUGUCUGAUGGGACAGUGCAGAGGGAGCUUCACACUGUGUCUGACCCUGGGAAUGGUUCACGAGACGCUGCAGAUGGAGCUUCACGCUGUGUCGGACCCCAGGAACAUGUACAGAGGGAGCCUCACACUGUGUUUGAUCCUGGAAGUAUGUGAUGGGAUGGGGUGGAGGCAGCUUCACUUUAAUUUAAGUGACUAUUAAAAUUAACACUGAUUGAAAAAUUUGUGUCUAUA